GACUUGCACUGUUUUAAUUUUAUUUUCUUGCACAGAUAUUGUUUAAAAAUGAGCAGUACCACAACAGCUUCCGCAUUCUCCAGUUCCGAAACGGAAGCGCUUGAGCGCCAAGCAGAAGUGGAAUCGGAAGCGCCCGUGAAUUUCGCACAAAUUUGGAAUGAAACGCACAGAAAAGUUGGUAGUGGCUGGAUCAGACAGAAUGGAUACAAGCGUAUAUGCUUGCAAUUUCCCGAUGACUACUUGCCACACAGCAAUGCCAUCUGCGAGGAUCUGAAGGCAGCGCUCGCCCAAGCCGACGCGAGUUUGGUGGAUGUGAAGGUCUUCAUCUUGGCAGACACCACCUAUGGUAGUUGCUGCGUGGAUGAAAUAGCUGCCGCGCAUGUGGAGGCAGACAGUGUAAUUCAUUUUGGUAAUGCAUGUCGUAGCAAGGGAACGCGACUGCCAGUGCUAUAUUUGUAUCCUGUGCUGCCGUUGAAGGUAUCGGCCCUUCUUGAACAACUAAUGCCACUUCAAACAGCCUGCGCCGAACGUGAGGUGUGUGUCUACUUGGAUAUUGGCUAUCAGCAUUUGAAUGAGCAGCAGGCCGCAGAGGAAGAGCUUGGAGAGUCGAAGCUUCAGACUCGCCUCAAGGAGACAUUGCAGCCAAAAGAGCUGUACAUUGAGAUGUACCCACCACCAGCGGAGGAUCAGUCGGCUGGUUCUGGGGCAGAAAAGAACGAACCUAAACCGGACACUGAACGCAUCUGCAUCUUUGUUGGUGCCGAUAAUCAGAGAUUUGCCAACUUAUCACUGACAGCCCCAGCAGCUCAGUGGCAUAUUUUUGACGGCGCUACCAAUGUACUGAGCGCCAAAAAUCCAUUAACAGCGCAGUAUAUUCGUCGUCGCUAUUAUUACAUUGAGAAAUGCAAGGACGCCCAGACCUUGGGCCUCAUUGUGGCCACUUUGACAGCUGAUGGGUAUUUGGAUAUAGUCGCGCGAUUGCAAUCUAUGGCUAAGAGUCGGGGAAUUAAAACCCAACUUAUCUCCGUGGGUCGGAUAAAUCCGGCCAAGCUGGCCAAUUUCCUAGAGAUUGAUUGUUUUGUGCUUAUUGGUUGCCCCUUCAACAAUAUGUAUAAUUCCAAGGAAUAUUAUAAGCCCAUAGUCUCUGUAUUUGAAGCUGAGAUGGCUCUUAAUCCGGCCUGGCACAUGAAAUAUCCGGAGGCUUAUGUCACAGACUUUAAACAAUUGCUGCCCGAGGGACGCAGUUUUCUCGCCUACGAUGGGGACACCAUGCCCGCUCAGGAUGUGAGUCUGGUCAGUGGUCGCAUGCGCGGCAACGCACCAAAUGAUAUAGUAGAGGCUGCCACAGAUGCUGCAUCCACAGCAUUGGCCACCCAGGCCAAAAUGGCAUUAAUGACAACAGACACGGGUCUUUCGUUCGAGGAUCGCACUUGGCAGGGCUUGGUUCCGGCAUUGGGUCAAACAGAGCCCGCAAAAUUGCAACAAGGCCUGAGCGGUAUACCUAUUAAGUACUCCCAUGAUUAGAUUAUCAGAAACAUAUCCAAAUAAAGAGCAACGAACAAAAGUACGUUUAUCUACGGAACA